CAGUGUUGGCUGGCAAUGACAAAUAUUUUAGAAUAAGAAAUACCCAAAACUCUUUAAUAUCUUUACCAGCAUUAUAUCGAGAUUUAUCUAAGGAAAAUUAAUUUGGGGAGGGGUUACAUUUGGAUUGUUUAACAAAUCUAAAAUUCUGUCAUGUAUGUGAAACAGUUCAAAUUAAAGCAAAUUGGGAAGGCCAUACGGAACUGCGAUGCUUUCUUGGCGCUCAUUGGCUGAAAAAUAUGGAGUCAGAUGACGCAAUUUUCCGGAUUCUCUGAUGCGAUGAGGUAACUCUCGGUCAUUCUUUAUAGUAGAAUAAGGGUGCCCGGCACGGUUGCUUUAGUUACUCAAGGUAAGAAGACAUUUUAAACAAUUUAAGUGGCUCUAUAGAAAAGGUGGAUAUCAAUCUCCAACCUAAUAGAAUACGUUUAUUAGCCCAAUGCUUAAUAACAAAAGCCUUAGGUGAUGCACUGAAGAAGAGCAAGUCAGGUACCACCUAAUCUGUAACCUUUUGACAAGAGGUCUGAUAUACAAGCUGCUAUAGAAGAUUUGAGUCACUCAGGCCUGGUCUGCAGCCUUCAUCUCUCAGUCCCCACUUCAGCCCAAGAAAACAUGACUCUGAAAAUGGACCUCAGCACCAUUAUCCUGCUCCCAGUUCACAUGCUGGUGUGGCUGUACUCAGCCUUGAGUUUCUUACCAUGGUACUUCCUAACUGGAGCUCAGGGUAAGAAAGCCCUAGCGGAGCGGAUCAAGGCCAGAUCCACAAAUGGUCAGGCAGAGGGACCCUAUCGCUCUGUGGACCACUUUGACUCCCUAGCCACGAUGGACUUCCCAGGUUUAGACACCCUAGACAAACUUUUUCGUCAUGCAGUGCAGUGCUUUGGGAAAUCACACUGUCUGGGAACAAGAACUAUUCUGAGUGAGGAAAAUGAAACCCAGCCUAGUGGAAAGGUGUUUAAAAAGAUGAUUCUAGGUGAUUACAAGUGGAUGUCAUAUCAGGAGCUGGAUGUUGAAGUGAAUCUGUUUGGCAGCGGUCUGGCAGCACUGGGCCAGCAGCCAAAAAAUGCCAUUGCCAUUUUCUGUGAGACACGAGCUGAAUGGAUGAUCACAGCUCAGUCAUGCUUCAGACACAAUUUCCCGUUGGUCACAUUUUACGCUACUCUUGGAGAGGAUGCGGUAGCCUUUGGACUUAACGAGUGUGGUGCGACUCACUUGGUCACUAGUGUGGAGCUUCUGGAAACUAAGUUAAAGACCGUACUUCCUCAAAUCCCCAAUCUGAGGCACAUCAUCUAUGUUGACAACAAGGGCAUCAGCACCGCAGGCUACCCAGAGACUAUUCAUAUCCACAGCAUGCAGUCUGUAAAGGAGCUGGGAGCCAAGCCUGAAAAUUUGAAUAGGGAGAUAGUGAGACCUACACCAUCAGAUCUUGCUGUCAUCAUGUACACCAGUGGCUCCACAGGCCAACCAAAAGGGGUGAUAAUUGUCCAUAGCAACCUCAUUGCAGGCAUGACAGGCCAGUGUGAGAGAAUCCCAGGCUUGGGCACCAAGGACACAUAUAUUGCUUAUCUGCCUCUGGCUCAUGUGCUAGAGAUGACUGCUGAGAUCUCUUGCGUAACGUAUGGUUGCAAGAUAGGCUACUCUUCCCCACAAACACUGUCUGAUCAGUCCACUAAAAUUAAAAAAGGCAGUAAGGGUGAUUGCUCAGUAUUAAAGCCUACUCUGAUGGCAGCUGUACCUGAGAUAAUGGACCGCAUCAAUAAAAAUGUGAUGAGCAAAGUGCAAGAGAUGGACUGUGUACAGAGGACCCUGUUUAAACUAGCCUAUAACUACAAGCUGGAACAAAUCAAGAAAGGCUAUGAUGCGCCUCUCUGCAACCUGCUGUUUAAGAAGGUGAAGGCCCUACUGGGAGGAAACGUACGAAUGAUGCUGUCUGGAGGGGCACCACUGUCGUCCGUUACACAGCGCUUCAUGAACAUCUGCUUCUGCUGUCCUGUGGGCCAGGGCUAUGGCCUGACCGAGACCUGCGGUGCAAGCACAAUCACAGAGGUGAGUGACUACAGCACAGGACGAGUGGGAGCCCCUCUCAUCUGCUGUGAGCUAAAACUCAGAGAUUGGGCAGAAGGUGGCUAUACAAAGCUGGACAAGCCUCAUCCACGAGGCGAGAUUCUAAUUGGAGGUCCCAAUGUGACAAUGGGCUACUUUAGGAGUGACUACAAUAACAGUAAUGAUUUCUUUGUGGAUGAGAAUGGACAACGUUGGUUCUGUACUGGAGACGUAGGAGAAAUCCACCCUGAUGGCUGUCUGCAGAUUGUGGAUCGUAAGAAGGAUCUUGUCAAGCUGCAGGCUGGAGAGUAUGUAUCUUUGGGCAAAGUUGAGUCAGCACUGAAGAACUGCUCCUUUAUUGACAACAUCUGUGCAUAUGCAAACAGUGAACAGAACUACAUCAUCAGCUUUGUGGUACCUAACCAAAAAAAGCUGACUGCUCUGGCCAAUCAGAAAGGCAUUACUGGCACGUGGGAAGAGAUCUGUAACCACCCUGUUAUGGAGAUUGAGGUUUUGAGAGAGAUUAAAGAAGUAGCCACUUCAAUUAAACUACAGCGCUUUGAGAUCCCAAUAAAGGUUCACUUGAGUCCAGAGCCAUGGACCCCUGAAACUGGCCUGGUCACAGAUGCUUUUAAACUGAAGAGGAAGGAGCUGAAGAACCACUAUCUCCACGAUAUUGAACGAAUGUAUGGCCGUAAAUAGAACCACUGUUGUAAAUAUGACAUGCUUCCAUAAAGGUUGCAUAUGUAGAAAUGUUUGGGAACAUUUUGCUGUCUUGACCACACAGCUAGCAUACAUGCACACAUCUUCAAUAUUUACUGUGCUGUUUUGUUCAUAAAUUAUUGGUCACAAUACUGUGGAUAAUGUAAGCAAACUUCUAUAGGUCAAUCGUCAGCUUUCAAGUCCCAUUGCUGUAGAAUAAUGUUGAAUUUUAGCUUUUUCGCAUGUGACAGCUGGGACUCGGACAAGAUUCACUCUUAAACAACAUAGUGUCUUAUUUUCACCUGUUAGAAAAAGGAACCUCCUGACAUGUGAAAGGAUUUCAACCAUAUAACAGCGCUAAACUGCCAUCAUCUUCACCUGUUCCUAUUUUUGUAAACAAUGUGAACUGUUUGUAUUUGCAUCUUUGUAAUGCUUCAAUUUGAAAUGAGUAUUUCUAAUGGUUUGGUUUGUAAGAAAUUUGAAGGCAAGCACCAAUCAUUGAGAUGAGGCUGUGACUGUACUGCCAAGCUGGGCUUCUUUACAAAGACAAGCAAUGUAUGGUGAUCUCUUUGUGCCUUCAGAGUGGUCUCUUGGUCAGUGCCAGUAGUCUACUUUUAAUGUUUGGAAUUAUACAUGCUCAAAAAUAUUCAUAUAAUGCAUCCUAAGGUCAUGGAUCACAACUCAUCAAUUAUGUAUGAAUUCUAAUUAUUUGUUCACACGUUUUGCUGUAAAUGGAUAACAUCACUGUUAACAUUUUUGUAAAUUAUUUGGGUGUUUAUGCACUGACUGUAGGAUGAUAAUGAAGUAGAGUUUGUGACUGCAUUUGGAAUACGAAGGCAAAAGACUAUUCUAAAUGAAGAGGAACCACAAAAUCCAAACCCUUCUUAGGCUGAGAAGGGUUUCUUUCAGCCCUGUGGCUAAUGCCAGUAUUGCAGAUCAUAGAAUAGUUUUGACUGUAGGUUUGUGUCCAAGUUUUAAUUUAGGCAGCAUUUAUCAAGCACAAUACUAUACUGAAUAUUAACUCUGAUCCAGACAAUGAUUUAUCCCCCAUUUACCAGAAUUCUCUAGACAAAUGUUUUUUUUGUUCCUGUUAGUAUUAUUCAAUCACUUUUUUUAUUUGGUUUACUUUUUUUUUUUUUUUUUGCACCAGGUGUUAUUUGGUUUUCAGGGUUUUUCCCCCCCCAUUUUUUUUUUUAAAAAAGAUUGUGCAGGUUCAUUUUAAAAACAACAAAAUAUCUACCAAAUAUUUCAUGGGGCAAGUGUAUUGUUUGCAAUUUUAUUUUUAUUUUAUUUAUUUAAUUUAAAUCGGGUGUGGCAUUUAACAGCCAUUCAACCAUCACAAAGUUUGGCAUUUUGAAAUGGGAUUGGUGUUCUCAUCUCUGGAACAUUAAGAUAUGAAAUUAAGCAUUUCAUAUUUUUGGUCAAUCCUCAGGGUCCUAAACAAAGUCUACAGAAUGAAUGCUUUGCUGAAGGAACCAUUUGCUUGUAGAAUUUGUCAUAAGGCUCUUAUUUAUUCUCUCUUGUGGAACAGCCACUGUAUGUAAUAGACAUUGUGAUAAAUUGUUUUCUACUCAGUA